AUGGCGAUCAACAACAGGGAGAGCAACGUCCAAGAGGAAUCGAACCCUCUUCUGAGCCAGCAAUUCGAGGAGCCUCAGAAGGAUGCUGAAAAGCCCUCCAAGGCCUCGCCGGAGACUCAGUCGCCGGAGAAAUCUCAGGCAGAGAUGGGCCAUGUGAAUGGCGGUGGUAAUGGCUGCGGGUGGACCGCCGAUGGACUGCCGUUGGGGCACGGGAGCGUGAUGGGUGAGCCCAUGGGCCGGGCCCAGUGGGACUCCGGCCUUCUUGCAUGUCUUGGCCGUAAUGAUGAUUUCUGUAGCAGCGAUCUUGAAGUUUGCCUUCUUGGAAGUGUGGCUCCUUGUGUGUUGUAUGGAAGCAAUGUCGAGAGACUUGGAUCUACUCCUGGGACGUUUGCAAAUCACUGUUUGUCUUACUAUGGUCUAUAUCUGAUUGGUAAUACCUUUUUUGGUUGGAACUGCCUUGCACCAUGGUUUUCAUAUCCUAGCCGUACUGCUAUCCGCCGCAAGUUCAACCUAGAGGGUAGCUGUGAGGCGCUUCAUAGGUCAUGUGGAUGCUGUGGCAGCUUUGUGGAAGAUGAGGUACAACAAGAACAGUGUGAGACCGCCUGUGAUUUUGCGACUCAUGUUUUCUGCCAUGCAUGCGCCCUAUGUCAGGAAGGUCGUGAGAUCCGUCGCAGGAUGCUUCAUCCUGGUUUCAAUGCUCAACCAGUUCUGGUUAUGAUUCCUCCUGGGGAGCAGGCCAUGGGUCGUGGAGCUUGA